AUGGAGUUUUUCACUUGGUGCAUGGCCUACCCAUGUCCGUAUGGUCCCUGUAAUCCUGCCGAGGUGGACGAGUGGAACAAGGAAUGUGUAGCCAUACAAGAAAAGCGUCGACAAAAGAGAGAACUGAAGGCAGCUGCUCGAUACAAGACUCUCUGGCCACCGACUCGUCCACCUCCGAGAUACUCUGCUCUUCCAUGCCGUCUCUCUAGAUACUCCAUUUCCUGCCCUGCCUGUCGGCUACGUGAUCUGAAAUCAAUACUAAGACAAUGGAUUGUUCAACAGAGAAAGCCAUAUUCGGCUGUGUCAGUACAAAUUGACCGCCUGACCAGCGAACAGUUUGAGGAAGACGACCUCAGUGGUAUCAUCGACUUGGUCGAGGUCAUUCGCAUUCAAUCUUCUGGACCAACCGAAGCUGCAAGAGCAAUUCGCAAGAAGCUAAGCAAAUACGGCAAUGCCCAUCGUCAAAUCAGAGCUUUGAACAUCCUGGACGGUCUGAUUCAGAAUGCCGGAAAUCGUUUCCAAAAGACUUUCGCCGAUGAGCCUCUGCUCGAACGUCUUCGUCUUAUGGUCAGAGACGACAUGGUUGACCUCGAAGUACGCAACAAGUGUAAUGUGUUGUAUCGUCAGUGGGCCGUAGCCUAUAAGGAUACUCCUGGUCUCCACAACAUCGCUGCACUUUACAAACAGCUACCUCAAAAGCCUCGUCCUCGUCACAGUCAGGCAAAAUCAAAGGUCCUCCGCGAGACAGAAGCAGAUGCUCAUGAGGAUCCGUCGCCCACGCCUCCACUUGCGCCAGCUGUCAGUCACUCUCGUGGCCACUCGCGAUCAGGCUCUGCCGCCAACGCCUCAACCUCGACCUCCCGUCCUGUGACACUGACACCAACACCGCACUACUCUAUCCGUGAGGCUGUCAAAGCUUCAACCAAGAAGAAGGAUAAGAAUGCGACCGCCACGAAAUUCAGCUUCGAAAAAGAGAAGCCCAACAUGAUUCAAAGUAUUGCCCAAGCCUCAAUCGCGUCCACCAACCUUCUCAACGCUCUACAACUUAUCAACCGCGAGAAUGAGCGUGUCUCUGAGAACAUGGAAGUUCUGAACCGUUUCGAAGUUUGCAAGCUGCUAAGAAGGAACAUACUGAGGUACAUUCAAUUGGUCGAAUCAGACGAGUGGAUUGGAAGUCUCUUGUCUGCGAACGACGAACUGGUCAAAGCACUUACCAGCUACGAGAUCAUGGACAGAUCGCUCGAUGACGACAGUGACAGUGAUGCUUGGGAGCACAUGCCUGAUAAUCAUGCCACUGGUGCCGAAUCGCAACUUGCCGGCCUCAAGCUUGGAGAAGCAGCGCCUCCUAAACCUCCUCGUCCUGGUAACCUUGCCAUGCCCGCCAAACCAGACUUCGGUAAAGCCAAAGUAGAGGAAAGUGAUGAAAGCGAGAAUGAUUACGAAGAGGACGACGAAGACAAUCCUUUCGGAGAUUCAAAUGCAGUCAAGACUCCUCAUGGAGAAAGACCAGGCAUGACUUGGAAGAAUGUCUAG